GAACUCCGGAGGAACGCCAGAGCUUAACAGCACCGAGGACAGCGCCUGGCAGCGCCUGCGCUCUGCCCUUCUUCCUCCAGCAGCCCAGGAUUUCUUCUUUACACACACACACACACACACACACACACACACACACACACACACCCUGAGGUUCUCACCCCACUUUCGCCCUGACAUACUCACACACGCAUAUUCCACGCAGACACACACUCCGCUAUACAAUGGCAGAAUCCCACCUGCAAUCAUCCGUGAUCACAGCCUCACAGUUUUUCGAGAUCUGGCUUCAUUUCGACGCUGACGGAAGUGGUUACCUGGAAGGAAAAGAGCUUCAGAACUUGAUUCAGGAGCUCCAGCAAGCGCGGAAGAAGGCUGGAUUGGAGUUAUCACCUGAGAUGAAAACUUUUGUGGAUCAGUAUGGGCAAAAAGAUGAUGGAAAAAUAGGAAUUGUAGAGUUGGCUCAUGUAUUACCCACAGAAGAGAACUUCCUGCUGCUCUUCCGAUGCCAGCAGCUGAAGUCCUGUGAGGAAUUCAUGAAGACAUGGAGAAAAUAUGAUACUGAUCACAGUGGCUUCAUAGAAACUGAGGAGCUUAAGAACUUUCUAAAGGACCUGCUGGAAAAAGCAAACAAGACUGUUGAUGAUAAAAAACUAGCUGAGUAUACAGACCUAAUGCUGAAAUUGUUUGAUUCAAAUAAUGAUGGGAAGCUGGAAUUAACUGAGAUGGCCAGGUUACUGCCAGUGCAGGAGAAUUUUCUUCUUAAAUUUCAGGGAGUCAAAAUGUGUGGGAAAGAAUUCAAUAAAGCUUUUGAGUUAUAUGAUCAGGAUGGCAAUGGAUACAUAGAUGAAAAUGAACUGGAUGCUUUACUGAAGGACCUAUGUGAGAAAAAUAAACAGGAUCUGGAUAUUAAUAAUAUUCCAAUGUACAAGAAAAGCAUAAUGGCUUUAUCGGAUGGAGGGAAGCUGUACCGAACGGAUCUUGCUCUUAUUCUCUCUGCUGGGGACAACUAGAGUUGAUGCCCAUGACCACUUACUAGCAGUACAUUGUAUCUAAAAAAUAACUGUGCACUAUAAGGGAGUAGGCUGUAUUUUGUUUUGUAUCUGUACAUUUAACUGCAUAUAGAUAAUUAUCCAGGAUGUGUGGCACACUCUUUUCAGUUUGUUUCUAUACUCUUUGUAACGUACAUUUUUUGUACAUUUGAAAAGGAGAAUGUCUAUGCUUAGGCCAGUCAAUACACCCAAUUAAAAUAAAAUAAUCUAACAUAUUCUUGCUUCCAUAAAUAUAGUUGGAUAAGGUUUCCCUAAAAACUCCACCAGGAUUAAUCUCUAAAAUCCUAGUCUCUGAUAUGUAAAUGCAUUUGUCACUGAAUAGAAGAAUUAUACAUAACAAGCCAAGCAUUCUUAUUUCAGACAAUUGUAAAUCUGCCCCACAAAGUAGUUCUAAGCUGUGUUUCCAAUUAGAAGAAAUGUGCUUUUGCAUCUAAAAUACCAAAAUAUCAAUCGUUAGUUAACUAUGGCUCUAUGUGGUUAACAGUCUCACUAGGCAAGAUUUAGUCAAUUAACCAACAACACACCUAUUGCUUGAAUCCACACCAAUCUAUUGGUUCAAGUUGAUUUGAUGACAAGGAAAGGCAGCACCAGACAAUGCAUAAAUCUGUCUUCUUCUACAUUUGUAUUUCCGAGUCUACUGUCAGAGUAUGACCUUAACCCAUUUUCUAAACAGUUUUCAUGUGUUGCAGACUAUAAUUAUUCUAGUAAACUGCUGUUUUUAUGUCACAGUCUAUGUACUAUCUGAUUAAAUUAUAUAUAUCAGGUAUCCUGGUGUUUAGUUUGCAUUCUUUCUGGAUUUUCUUUUUAUGUAGAACUGUUCAUUUCCACCAAGGGUAACUGCUGCCUCUGAAAUUUUUUUUUUUUU